UGACAGCGAGGAUAUACACAGUGACAUAGUUAGAAUAACUACCGACUCUACACCGCUACUGAACGCUAUCGAGCUUCGAACAUGUCUGACAACAACGUUGUUGAAGAUGAAGCUGGUCGGAGGGGAAGGAACCGGAUACAAUAUUCUGUGGACGAGGCUCCGUUUCCUCUACUUUGGCCAGUACUGGGUCUCCAGCAAUCCCUGCUCUGUGUUGCUGGUAUCAUAUCUGCCCCCAUCUUCAUCGCCACCCAACUUGGCGUCAGCGACCAGCCAGAAAUCCGCAGACAACUUCUGAGCAUCGGAUUGUUUACAUGUGGAGUGGCCACUAUACUACAGAACCUAAUUGGAUGCAGACUCCCCAUCAUUCAAGGGGCAAAUACGUCCUUCAUAGCACCGAUGGCCGCUAUUUUCAGUCUAGCAAAAUGGAGUGAUGAAUCUCUGCUGAAGGAGAUUCCGGUAGUCAAUGGAACAGCGACAGAUGAACCCUGGAAAAUGAGGAUGAGAGAGAUACAAGGCAACUUAAUGCUGGCCUCGACGACACAGUUUGUCCUGGGAGCCACUGGACUUAUUGGCUUCUUUCUCAAGUUUAUCGGUCCACUGACUGUCGCCCCAACCAUUACAGUUAUAGGCCUGUACAUAGGACAGUUUGCCAUACCACUGUGUGCCCAGCACUGGGGAAUAGCAUUUCUAUCCUUGGCUCUGAUGAUAAUAUUUGCCCUCUUCAUGACAAACAUUAGACUUCCACUGCCAACAUAUUCCAGCCGAGAUGGUUGCCAUGCCAGCAGGACACCGAUCUUUCAGCUGCUCCCCGUACUCAUUUCCGUCGGGUUGGCGUGGUUCCUGUCGUUUGUGUUGACGGUGACAGACGUUCUGCCCAGCAACUCCACCCAGCCCGGACAUAUGGCCAGGACUGACGUCAGAAUCAGCGCCCUCUAUGAUUCACCGUGGUUUUACUUUCCACUUCCAUUUCAGUUUGGAAUGCCUACGGUUAGUGCAGCAGGAUAUGUGGGAAUGCUGGCAGCUACAAUUGCUUCUACCAUCGAAUCUACCGGGGACUAUUUCGCUGCAGCUCGUGUGGCGGAAGUUACUCCGCCGCCUCCUCAUGCCGUAAAUCGAGGUAUAGCCAUGGAGGGUUUUUCCAGCACUAUCGGCGGAAUGAUUGGUGGACUCUGUGCAAGCACUUCCUAUAGUGAAAAUAUAGGUGCGAUAGCAGUGACAAAGGUGGCCAGCAGAAAGGUGUUUGUCGUAGCAGGCAUUCUUCUGGUUUUGGCUGGUGUUAUUGGCAAGAUUGGCGCUGUUUUCACCAUCAUCCCCGACCCGAUCAUUGGCGGUGUGAACCUCAUCACCCUAGGGAUGGUAACGGCCGUUGGAGUGUCCACAUUGCAAUUCAUUGACCUCAGGUCGACACGGAACCUGAUGAUCAUCGGGACAUCAACGAUGCUUGGACUAAAGAUUCCCGACUGGAUGGCUUCAAAUUCCCAGGCUAUUAACACAGGAAGCGCCGAUUUUGACCAGGUGCUGACAGUACUGCUCUCGACCCCGAUGUUUGUUGCUGGAUUCACUGGCUGCUUCCUGGAUAACCUUGUGCCAGGCACAGAAGAAGAGCGAGGCAUUGAAAAAUGGCGGCAGAAUAUGGAGGGGGUCUGGUGUAAUUUACAUAACAGAAGAACAUACAUACGAGUUUCCCUAUAUCACUCAAUUCAUCAGAAAAGUCAGAUGUUGUGGUUACUUCCCAAUGUCACCCACCUUUGACAAACAAAUCAGCUGCAGUUGUUGCAAGAAAAGGUCAAGCAACUCUUCGUAUGCUGUAGACAAUCCUCUUGAGAUGGGAAAUUCAGAAAAACUGUAGCCAUGCAUACAGUCUAUAUAUUUCAGUAAAACUAAUGACUCUCAUUCCUUUGUUGAUUAUAGUCACGAUAUGGCUGAAAUACUGCCGAUGUGACUUAAAAUUGUAACUCACUCACUCCUUUGUUGAUUUAUAUAGUCACGAGAUGGCUGAAAUACUGCCGAUGUGACUUCAAAUUGUAACUCACUCACUCCUUUGUUACUUAAUGGUGAUUCUGUGGUACAUAUGCCAUUCGAACAGGUUCUGUUGACACCGUCCACCAACUACAUUAACAAAUAAACAAGAUAUUCAAGAAUGAAAUGUAUUAGUUGGAUGAUUUAGCAUGUGCAUGUAACGAGAUGACAACUUCAUCUUCAGAAAGCAAUAAAAGACAUCUUGCUUUU